AUGUCCAGUUCAGCCUGCUCAAUCAGGCCAGCAGACCAGGGCCUUCGCACACCCGAACCAUCUUCACCUCCGAGUAUACCGACCGUGCCUCCGGGUAUAUACGGCUUUGAUGAAUUCAUCGAGAGGGAGUUCUUAGAGAAAUCGGAGUACCUCAAGGACGACAGCAUCAAGAUCAAGUGCGACGUCUUUAUUUCCAUGGAGAUCCAUACGGAGGACAGGACUGCUGCACCUCCAUUCGUCGUGGUCCCGCCGUCUGACAUGCACAUGCAUUUCAGUAACCUCCUUGCAACCGAAGAUGGUGCCGAUGUCAAAUUCGAAGUUGAUGGGGAGACAUUCAGAGCACACAGAUACAUUCUUGCCGCGCGUUCCCCUGUCUUCAAGGCCGAGCUUUUGGGAGCGAUGAGAGAGAGCACUGGGGAUUCUAUACAGAUUGAUGAUAUGUUAGUUCAGGUGUUCAAGACCUUUCUACACUUCAUCUACAACGACUCGCUGCCAGAGAUGGAUGAGCAAGAAGAGGCUCUGAUGGCUCAGCAUUUGCUGGAAGCAGCGGACUGGUAUGACAUGCAGAGGCUCAAGCUGAUUUGUGAGGAUAAGUUGUGCAACCACCUAGAAGUGAGCACCGUCGCAACCACACUUGCGUUGGCCGAACAGCACAACUGCCAGGGACUGAAGGAGGCUUGCAUUGAGUUCCUGAUAUCUCCUGAUGCACUGGAAGCUGUCUUGGCAACCGAAGGCUUUGAGCAUCUAACUAAAAGCCGUCCAGCUCUUGUGAAAGAGUUAAUGUCCAAGCUUGGUACCCGUUUGUACAAGAGAAGAAAGUUAAAAGCAUGA